AUAUAUAUAUAAAAUAUGUUGACAUUCGUGACCCGUCCCCUCCUUUUUCUCCCAUGAACACUUUUCUUUGUCUCCCUCUCCCUCUCCCUCCCUAGCCCCUACCCUCCUCUUCUGUGUAGCUCGAUCACCUCAUUGCUGCCGAAGCCGUCCGUUUCCUACGCCGUUUAGAGCCACCGAACCUCCUCCUCUUAUUGUUCGCAGAUCAAGAAACCCGCGGAUCCCUCACUCUACUUCGAUCUUUUUUCUCUCCCUGCCGCAGUUCGACGACCUUCGGCCUUUCUCCCCGUUGCCGCCAGGCUCGCCGCCCUCCUCCCUGCCUGACCCCUACGGUCUCCCUCGAUCCCUCUUUCGGCCGCCUCUCACCAGACCAUACAUUAUAAGAAACACAAUAUCCUUUUAUCGUGGUUCCCCAACUUCAGGUUCAUAUUUUGGUAUGUACUAAAGAAUGAAAGGAAGCUUUUAUGGGAUGAGGGGUACACAACUUUCUCUUACCCUCAUUGCUCUUGUUUGCACAACCAUUUUUAUUUGGACAUGGGAGAAAACCCCACUUCUUACUUCCCUUCUCCCACCUCACAGUCAGAUCUUAAAGUUGUCUUCAGAUGUGAUUAUGGGUGCUCCUUCAGUGAGCUCAAGAACCACAGAGCCAUAUGCAAAAAAUAUAUCCAAGUCCACAGAAAGAGUGGCUACUAAUGAACGAAAAGAAGAGCAUUUUGAUGCAAGUCCUGCAAAAAGCUCUCAUGAAGAGGCCAAUAAUAACAGUGGUUUAAUUGCAACCCCUGCUUUGGAGAAAGAUAUUCCUGCAAGUGUCCCAAAGGAAAAACCAAUACACAAGCAAAUGCCAGAACGCAUUCCUUCAAGACAAGCAGAAAUAAGCAUAGAUGAUGUAGCACCAAUAAGUGCUGUAAAUACAAGUUCUUCAGUAACUAAGAAAGAUAAUAAAGUUAUCACGCUAGCGGGUGAUCAAGCUUGCAACUAUGCCAAAGGAAAAUGGGUUAUAGACGACAAUCGGCCUUUGUACUCUGGGUUCGGCUGUAAGCAAUGGCUGUCAGGGAUGUGGGCUUGCCGAUUGACUCAACGGACUGAUUUUGUCUAUGAGAAGCUGAGGUGGCAGCCACAAAAUUGUAAAAUGGAAGAUUUUAGAGCAUCAAAGUUCUUGAAAAGGAUGCAAGACAAAACUCUAGCUUUCAUUGGUGAUUCACUAGGCCGACAGCAGUUCCAGUCUCUAAUGUGCAUGUUAACAGAUGGCCAAGAAAGGCCUGAUGUGAAGGAUGUGGGAAUCGAGUAUGGUCUUGUCAAAGCUCGAGGUGCUGUACGCCCUGAUGGGUGGGCUUAUCGUUUCCCAGAUACCAAUACUACCAUUCUCUAUUAUUGGUCAGCCAGCCUCUGUGACCUGCAGCCACUUAAUAUCACAAACCCUAACACUGAUUAUGCCAUGCACCUGGAUCGACCACCGGCGUUCCUGCACCGGUUCAUUCACAGAUUUCAUGUCCUGGUUCUCAACACGGGCCACCAUUGGAACCGAGGGAAGCUGAGGGCAAAUCGGUGGGUGAUGCAUGUUGGGGGUGUUCCCAACACAAAUAGGAAAAUUGCAGAAAUUGGAGGUGCGAAGAACUUAACAAUCUAUAGUAUUGCCAACUGGGUAAAUUGGCAACUUCCCAAGUAUCCAGGCUUGACAGCUUUCUUUCGAACUAUCUCACCUCGUCAUUUUGUUAAUGGGGAUUGGAACACUGGAGGGAGCUGUGACAAUACCACUCCUUUGUCCGUAGGGAAAGAGCUUUCCCAGGACGAGUCUAGUGAUCCCAUUGUUGCAGGGGCGGUGAAGGGAACCAAGGUUAAUCUCCUGGACAUAACAGCUCUAUCCCAACUGCGUGAUGAGGGUCAUAUUUCCCGAUACAGCAUCAGAGCAUCCACAGGAAUGCAGGAUUGCUUGCAUUGGUGCUUGCCCGGUGUUCCUGAUACAUGGAAUGAAAUCCUCCUUGCACAGAUUUAGCUCAACUUGCUUGGUGCUUGUAUGAAGAGUUCACACAGGAUGCCUUUAAAUGGAGAGAAUCUCUUGAAGUUUUCACUGCUUGGAACAAAAGCAGUAUUUGGAAAUUAUUCUUGAAGGGUUGGUGUUUGCAUUCCAGGCCUCUGAUCCCUUGAGAACUUCCCCCAUUAAAUGGUUCAUAGGCUCGUCCUUUCUACCCACCCUUCCACAGGUGUAGUUGUUGUAUUCGUAUCACAGUUAACUAUGUAUUUGUUUCUUAAUAUCGUUUUAGUUGGUCAGCCCUCCCAUAGAUUUAGGACUUCUAUGGAAGUGAAAUUUGGCUUUCCUAUAAAAUUAGUGCAGUAGAGAAAUACAUGCUUUAAUCGGGAGAAUGGGUGGAGUAAGGGAAGCUAGGCGGGAGAAAAUUUUGGAUUUUUUGUAUCAUGCUAGUGUUGGAAUCUAUUAUGAAUGGGAAAGAGAAUGUGAUUGAAUCUUUUAA